CACCGCACCGUUACAUCUGUACUCACCACCUUUAAUAACCUAAGCGCUCAUCAUGAGGGAGAUUGUGCACAUGCAGGCUGGUCAGUGCGGUAACCAGAUUGGUGCCAAGUUUUGGGAGGUGAUCAGUGAUGAGCAUGGCAUUGACCCAACAGGAACCUACCAUGGUGACAGCGACCUUCAGCUUGACAGAAUCAGCGUCUACUAUAAUGAAGCUACAGGAGGUAAAUACGUCCCGAGAGCUAUUCUGGUGGAUCUGGAGCCUGGCACCAUGGACUCAGUCCGCUCUGGUCCCUUCGGACAGAUCUUCAGACCUGACAACUUUGUGUUUGGUCAGAGCGGUGCUGGUAAUAACUGGGCUAAAGGUCACUACACAGAGGGAGCAGAGUUGGUGGACUCUGUCCUAGAUGUGGUCCGUAAGGAGUCGGAGAGCUGUGACUGCCUACAGGGCUUUCAGCUCACCCACUCGCUGGGCGGCGGGACCGGAUCCGGCAUGGGCACCCUGCUUAUCAGCAAAAUCCGUGAGGAGUACCCUGACCGCAUCAUGAACACCUUCAGCGUGGUUCCUUCUCCUAAAGUGUCCGACACCGUGGUGGAGCCCUACAACGCCACCCUGUCCGUCCAUCAGCUAGUAGAAAACACGGAUGAGACAUACUGCAUCGACAACGAAGCUCUGUACGAUAUUUGCUUCCGCACUCUCAAGCUUACCACGCCCACAUACGGCGACCUCAACCACCUCGUGUCAGCCACCAUGAGUGGCGUCACUACGUGCCUGCGUUUCCCUGGGCAGCUCAAUGCCGACCUGCGCAAGCUGGCUGUCAACAUGGUGCCCUUCCCUCGUCUGCACUUCUUCAUGCCUGGAUUUGCACCCUUGACCAGCAGGGGUAGCCAGCAGUACCGUGCACUCACGGUGCCUGAGCUUACUCAGCAGGUAUUUGACGCUAAAAACAUGAUGGCCGCAUGUGACCCGCGCCACGGCCGCUACCUUACGGUCGCCGCUGUCUUCCGUGGCCGCAUGUCCAUGAAAGAGGUGGAUGAGCAGAUGCUCAACGUGCAGAACAAGAACAGCAGCUACUUCGUCGAAUGGAUUCCCAACAACGUCAAGACCGCCGUCUGCGACAUACCACCACGCGGCCUCAAGAUGUCCGUCACCUUCAUCGGCAACAGCACAGCCAUCCAGGAGCUGUUCAAGCGCAUCUCUGAGCAGUUCACCGCCAUGUUCCGCCGCAAGGCUUUCCUGCACUGGUACACCGGAGAGGGUAUGGAUGAGAUGGAGUUCACUGAGGCCGAGAGCAACAUGAAUGACCUGGUGUCCGAAUACCAGCAGUACCAGGACGCCACCGCCGAGGAGGAGGGCGAGUUUGACGAGGAGGGUGAAGAGGUUGCCUAAGUAGAGAAAAGAAUGGAAGCAGCAUAGGGGUGUGGGAGGAAAAUGUAGCAAGGCACAUGCUGAAUCUGAUGUAGGUGUCUCAAAUGAAGUAGAAAAUAGCGCUAGAUAAACAGGGCCAAAACAACCAGAGGAAUCUCGAAAGUGUUCCUGAGCACAGAAUAAAAAAGUUACAUUAAAUAAAUGUACUCAUUA